AUGAAUUUCGGUUUUACAUCUUCUAUCAAUAGCAAUGAGUGUAAUGGUGGUGGUUGUGACGAUGGCGUUGGUGGUUAUUGUGGUGAAGGUGGUGGUGGUAGUGGUGAUGGUGGUGAAAGUGGUAAUGAUGGUGGUGUUGGUUGGGCGGCUGUAGAGAUGAUGUUCACAUCUACUGAAGAUAGCUUUGAGGUCCAUGGUGGUGGUGUUGGUUACGACGGUGGCGUUAAUGGUUAUUGGGGUGGAGGUGUUGGUUGUGGGGGUAAUGGUGAUGAUGAUGGUGGUGGUGCAAGUGGUAAUGGUGGUGGUGGAUGUGGUGAUGGUAGUGGGGAUGGUGGUGAUAGUGGUGGUGAUGAUUGCGGCGGCUGGAGUAAUGAUGGUGAUGCAAAUUUGUGGCUGUGGUUGUGA